GAACGUAUAAUAUUGAUUGAUUUGGAACUGAUUUUAAUGUCAUCGCGAUCGAGUGAAAUGAGCGUCGAGCAAUUAAUUGAAUAAUUUGACAAAUGUUUUUUACGGCAAUUGCUUAUUAAUAUAAUUUAUUUCAAGUCCUAGUGAAAGGUCGAAAGAGAAAUGGAAAAUUUAAAAAUGCCUUCCGCAUUUGAUGUGGAAAAUGUAAAUAUAGCUCCAGUCUUUGAUAUGAAAAGUGUUAAGGACAUGGAGGGUAAUAAUUUUAGUAAAAAGACACAUUUCAAUGAACGAUUAACUUUCUAUAAGAAACAAAUUAAAAAAAAUAAUCAUAGACUUGACAUUGAUUUUGUUGAUACACCGCAAGAAAUAAGACGACAGCAAAUGUUGGAUUAUCAAAAACAAAAUCGAUACAAGUGUCUGAAUGAAAGCAGAGGCCUACUGGAUGUUAUCUUUAAUUUAAACGUAGAGAAGAAAAUGGAGGUGGAGGAAGUGCCAAAAUCAAAGUGUAAACCGCACAAAGAGUACAAAAAUUUACUUAUGCUAUCGGAAUGGAUGUUGGAAGUACCGCAAGAUUUUACCGAAAACUGGAUAAUGGUACCUUGCCCAUUGGGAAAGCGAGUGAUGAUCAUUGCUUCCAGGGGUAUAACAAAAAUGUAUACUAGAAGAGGUUUUCAACUUUCUGUAUGUAGAACAGCACUGCCUGGUGGAAGUAAACAAACUUACGACAAUGACUAUGUAUUAUUAGACGGUAUUUGGCUCGAGAAUAAAAAGAUAUGUUACGUAUUAGAUGUACUUGUAUGGUCGAAGCAAGAUAUGAUCAAUUGCGAGUGUCAAUUCAGAUUCUUUUGGCUAAACUCGCAAUUAAAAGAGAUAGAACAGUUAAAGGAACAAAUAGCUGGAGUUAACGAUUACAAAAUUUUAACCCUACCAAAUAUAGCUUGUGAUAAUAAUUUUUAUGAUUGCUUAGAAAGCAUUUCGACGACCAUCGCAUUAGAUGGACUAUUAUUUUACCAUAGAAGGGGACAUUAUAUAAGAGGGGUAACGCCGCUUGUUAAUUGGUUGAAGACGUACAUGUUACCAGAAAUAUUGGGAAUGAAUGUUCCAGAACCAUACGAUGAGAAACCAAGUACUUACAUUAAUUUUGAGCAUCAUGUACAGAAAAUAACGAGCUUGAAUAAGGCGAAGAAAGAAAAGUUACAGAAAAACAAAAAACAAUUACAAUGUGAACAAAUUGAAGAAGAUAUGAACUAA